UACUGGUGCCCUCUUGCAUCAGCACCAUUUCUGGUACAGAGAGAGAGAGAGAGAGAGAGCGCGAGAGAGAGACCCAACCCCACCGGAACGUAGAGGCGUCAAACGGCCGUCAGAACAUCCCGGUUACGCACCGCUCAUACACCCCGUCGCCAGAGAGCCAGACGCAGCUGAAGGAGCACGGAGCUCAGCCGGGACCUCGGUCAGUGUCACAGCUACAGUCAGUGAUGGAGAGCCUGCUGGAUAAUCCCAUGAAAGCCGUUCUGUACCUGAAGGAGCUCACCACCAUCGUCCAGAACCAGCAGAGCCUGAUCCAGACGCAGCGCCAGCGCAUCGACGAGCUCGAGCGGAAGGUGGAGGAUCUGAUCGGGGAGAACCGACUCUUGCGGGACCCCCACCACUACGUCCAGCAGCCCGCUCAGCAGCAGCAGCAGCAGCCGCAGCCGCAUCAACAUCAGCAGCAGCAGCCGCAGCCGCAGCAGCAGCAGCAGCAUCACCACCAUCACCACCCCGCAGCGACUCACCGCAGCGUCAGCCCGCAGGCGCCGGCCCACCUCCACCAGCACCCGGGGAGCAACAAGGCUGCGGCUCACUUCGGCCACCAGGCGCAGCAUCAGCAUCAACAUCAGCAGCAGCAUCAGCAUCAGCAGCACCAGUAUCAUCAUCAGCAUCAGCAGCAGCAGCAGCAGCAGCAGAUUCCAGGUCGAUCGGCCCACACUCCUCCCGCACCUUCCUCCCACCACCCGCAGCAGCUGCAGCUCGUCCCCACCUCGCCGCAGUCGCCCAAAACGAGCCAGAUCAGCCCGGACUCCGCCGAGGAGGACAAGAGAAGCCCCUGCUGCAAGUCCUUGGUCCCGCAGGCUCCCACCACUCUGUGCCGCUCAGUUGGACUGGCCAGGAAAGCGGAAAACCAAACAGUUCUGCACCAGUUCUGCUGCCCGGCCCCAGAGGCUCCUGAGGGGGAGACAUCGACCGCGUGUGUCCCCAGCGAUGACCUUCCUCUAGGAUCGUCUUUGGGUGAGGAAGGGAAGGGAGGAGAGGGGCAGCUGCAGAGUGAGGUCCAGUCACAGCCAGAACCGGAACCGGAGCCACAACCCGAACCAGAACCACAGCCACAGCAGCAAGAGCCUCAGCCUCAGACUCACCUGCCACAGCCACAGCCACAGCCGGAGCCCCAACCACAGUCACAGCCUCAGCCUGAAAGCAAACCUCAGCCACAUCUCGAACCCAAACCACCAGAGCCCGAACCUCAGCCGCAUGUCGAGGCUCCGAGCGACGACACUGCUGCACAGGACACCACUGAAGCCCCGCCCCCGUCACCGCCGCCGCCGCCUCGCAGCGAUGACCCACCAGCGGGGGAGCAAGAGGAUCACAAGUCGGAAGACGUUGCGGAGGCAAAGCGGAAGCCGGACGCAGCUGAGGAGGCCGAGCAGCCGGAGGUUGAGGCAGCGCAAGAGGAAGAGGAGGAGGAAGGGGGAGGAGCUAAAGGAGGUGGGGCUGGGAGGAGAGCCAGCCUGCACCACACAGCAUCACCCUUGAGGGUGCAGCGCAAUGGGGCCGGCUCGCACUCAGCCACCUCCGACUAUGAGCUCUCGCUUGACCUCAAAAAUAAGCAGAUCGAAAUGUUAGAGCACAAAUACGGCGGCCACCUCAUCUCCCGCCGCGCUGCCUGCAAGAUCCAGACUGCCUUCCGCCAGUACCAGCUUAGCAAGAACUUCGAGAAGAUCCGCAACUCGCUGCUGGAAAGUCGCCUGCCUCGACGCAUUUCCCUCCGCAAAGUCCGCGUGCAAAACACGGAGGGUUUCUCCGCUGAACGGGCGCUGGCAGAAGGCUGUAACCUGGCAGGCAUCCCUUUGGUGCGUUCGCCAUCUCUGCCUGCCACAGUUGGUGGCACCUUGACGGACCUGGAAGACUCAUUCACAGAACAGGUCCAGUCACUGGCAAAGUCCAUAGAUGAUGCACUCAGCAACUGGAGCCUGAAGACUAUGUGUUCACUGCAAGAGGGCGGCACUUAUCAGUUCACUGCCGAUUCCUUCAGGAGAGCAGGGGUAGGCGAUGGAGGAGAAGGAGGCGGCGGUGGUGUGGGAGAGUCGGCAAUGACUCAAGGCCCUGCGGACCCAAGUGACCUGUCAAGGAGCGCGAGCAAGCUGAUGAUGGCGUUUCGAGACGUGACGGUAAAGAUCGACAGCCAGAACUUCAGCGUUUCAUCCUCAGUCCUGGAAUCUUCCACUUCUGUCACUCUCGGCAGCUGCGUCCAACAAGAUGGCGCCGCCACCACUGUCACAGCCACUUCCAUGACAACAACCAACCCACCGGUCUCUGGCCUUUCACAAGAACCGCCUCCUCCACCUGCAGAUGUCCCAGCUGAAUCUAUAGAUCCCCCACCGCCACCCCAAGAACCCCCUCCGCCGCCAGAAUUAGAGAUAGAAGAAUGUGAACAGGAUAUUGAAUUCCCUGCUCCUCCUCCAAGCGAAGAAGAGCUAGGGGAGGAAGAGCAACCUCCCCUUACCCCUCUGGAAAAAAUGGCUGCCUCUCAAACCCAGGAGAAAUUCAUGGUGGUGGUACCACCACCACCCCGAGAACCCCCCCAAGCUCCUCCACUACAGGAAACUGUAACAUUGGGGAGCUCUCCCGCAGUGGAGUCCCUGGGGGUGAAGCGAUGUGGCUCCGAGAUGGCAGACAACAGCUCGGAGCAGAUGAGUAGCAGCAGCGCGUCCACAGAGGCACGCUCCACAUCCGAAGCCUCCACCAAGGAGACCCUGCAGGCCAUGAUCCUCAGCCUGCCACGUUACCACUGUGAAAACCCUGCCAGCUGCAAGUCACCCACGCUGUCCACUGAUGUCAUGCGAAAGCGCCUCUACCGCAUCGGCCUCAACCUCUUCAAUGUAAACCCGGACAAGGGUCUUCAGUUCCUGAUCUCGCGAGGCUUCAUCCCAGACACGCCCAUCGGCGUGGCACACUUCCUGCUACAGAGGAAGGGCCUGAGUCGGCAGAUGAUUGGCGAGUUCCUUGGCAACAGCAAGAAGCCCUUCAACAGAGAUGUACUGGACUGUGUUGUGGACGAGAUGGACUUUUCCGGCAUGGAGCUGGACGAGGCACUGAGGAAGUUUCAGGCCCACAUUCGAGUCCAGGGAGAAGCCCAGAAGGUGGAACGUCUUAUCGAGGCCUUCAGCCAGCGCUACUGCAUGUGUAACCCCGAUGUGGUGCAGCAGUUUCACAACCCGGACACCAUCUUCAUCCUGGCCUUCGCCAUCAUUCUGCUCAACACCGACAUGUACAGUCCCAACAUCAAACCUGACCGGAAGAUGUUGUUAGAGGACUUCAUACGCAACCUGCGAGGUGUGGACGAUGGAGCAGAUAUCCCCAGAGACAUGGUGGUGGGCAUCUAUGAAAGAAUACAACUGAGGGAGUUGCGCUCCAACGAAGACCACGUCACCUACGUCUCCAAGGUUGAGCAGUCCAUUGUGGGCAUGAAAACGGUCCUCUCUGUCCCUCACAGAAGACUGGUGUGCUGUAGUCGACUUUUCGAAGUGAUAGACGUCAACAAGGCCCAAAAGCAGGCGGCACACCAGAGAGAAGUCUUCCUCUUCAAUGAUCUGAUUGUGAUCUUGAAGCUUUGUCCAAAGAAGAAGAGUCCUGCGGCCUACACAUUUUGCAAAGCCAUGGGUCUACUUGGCAUGCAGUUCCACCUUUUUGAAAAUGAAUACUAUCCUCAUGGCAUCACCAUCCUCUCACCGUUUGGCUCCGACAAGAAGCAGGUGCUUCACUUCUGCGCCCAGAGUGCGGAGGAGCUGCUCAAGUUUGUGGAAGACUUGAAGGAGUCGAUCGCAGAAGUGUCAGAGAUGGAGCAGAUACGCAUCGAGUGGGAGCUGGAAAAGCAGCAGGGAGCCAAGACACACUCGGUAAAGAACAACGGCACACAGCUCGAGCUGCGUGGCAAACAGGGCUCCCCAUCAGGAAACCCGGAGAUAGACAGUGGAAGCGGACACAACGCAGUGGAGGUGUCAAUUCACAACAGGCUUCAGACGCACCAGCUCAGCAGCAGCAGCAGCAGCACGGCUCAGAGUCCCGAGAGCGCGGCCCUUCCUAACCACCGGGGAGAGCUGCUCUUCCAGCAGGGGCCCCUGGGGCUACUCCAGGGGCCGCCGUCGCCACUACCACCACCAACUCAGCACCCGUGGCUGCAGUCGGCGGCGAGCACCCCCGCCCACCACCUCCACCUCCUCCAGCAGCAACACCAGACCGCCGUCAGCGUGGCCGACCUGCGGCCCGAGACGCUCAUCCAGUGUCAGCAGAUCGUCAAAGUCAUCAUGCUCGACGACGGCGGCGGCGGCGGCCACGGGCGCAUAGAGGCCUUCCUCAAACAGACACCCGCGCACCACCUGUACCAGCAGCACCACCGCCACAGCCAUCGCCAGAUCAGUCAGUCGGCCAUGUCCACGCCGGUGCGCUCGCCGGACGGCUACCACGGCGGCGAGGGCCACCAGCCCCCGCUGCCUCCCCCGCCUCCGCCUUACCACCAUCCACACCAGUACAUACCACCAGACCCCCGCCUCAGUCUACACCGGACCCCCAGUGACUCUCAGAGCAUGGUGUAAAUAGAUUAGUUAGUAUUAUUUCCCUAAAAUACACACACACACACACACUUCACAACUUCCUUUCUCUAUUUAACAGUACAUAAUGUACAUAUAUAUAUAUACAUAAAUAUAUAUAUAUACAUAAAGAGAUAUAAUAAAAAUAAAUGAAUCACUUAUAUGCAUAUAUUUAGGAGGGGAAAAAAUUAAUUAACUCAAUGAUUUUAAAAGAUAUAGAGAGAAAUUAAAAAAGGAAAAAAAAAAAGGUUUUACUUGA